GGAACAUCUCCAAAAUUUGAUGUUUUGAGUUAAUUAUAGGAUUUGACGUGAAAUUGAAUUACCUUUCCGAUACACUAUUGGAACAAGUCAGAUUACUAUUCUUUUUCAAAUAAAUCGAUAAAUACCAGUAACGAACUCAAUAAAACAUCGGAACAUCUCUAGUUUAUUACUUAGAUAUUUCGAAAUGUUCCAGUAAGGACCGAAAUUUGACACAUGGAUUGUCAUUAAUAUUCAUAUUUGUUCCAGUCGUGCAUGCGAGUUCAUUGCGCGCGGUUGUAAUAUUUUCGUGCUGCAAUAUUAUUGUAUUUAAAAAUGUCUAACCAGUGUUACAGAGCAAAGAAAAUAGUUGAAAUGAUUACCCGGAAUCAUAAAAAAGCGGGAAGCAGUGAUAAUGGGAUCGUAAGGCAAUUAUCACCUACUAAAUCGACUGCAUGUCCGCCUAAUACUUUUGUGAAUGAGCUUAUUGCUAUGCCUGCUGUUGCAUCAAACCCGUCCUUGGCUGCCAGUGCUGAGCCUAAUCCACGUGACGAGCAGAUUCCUGAUUCAAUAAUUGAAACUUACGAGCAUAAUGCUGCUGCUACAUUUGAUAUAAACCAGGAUCUCUCGGAACCAUGUCAAGGUAAUGAGUACUUAAGUCUACAACUAACAGCUGAGCUUUACCAAACCGAUGAGGCACCUACUGUUUACCGGGACCAGUCUGAAACUAGUCAAGGUGAUGAGCAUAGCUCAGAUCCAGAAAGAAUCAUAAUCUCUAAAGCUGACUGCGUGGCCGAUGUACUAAUUUCUGAUCUUACUGAGCCUGUUGCUGUGCCUACUCUAGAUGGAAAUCAGGCUUUAUCAAGCCUUGGUGCAGGGGAAGAAAUUGAAGACCAAAUAUUAUUACAGGAAGAAAAUAACAUGAAUGUGCCGAAUAUAGAACCACAAAGUAGUAUCACUGAUAAUACAAGAGAAGUAUCUGUUGAUAAAAAAUGUAAAAAGCGUAUAAGGGAACCUGAAAAAUGGAAAAAAAAUAAGAAGAAAUGUUUGAAAAAUGCAGGCAGAGCUUAUGAAACAGUGUCAGGUAAACUAGUUCCUGGUAAAGCAGUAAAACCUCCCUGUGGCGACAAAUGCCGCCUAAGAUGUACUGAAAAUAUAAAUGAAGACCAAAGAUUAAGCAUUUUUACUAGUUUCUGGAAAAUGGGUGACUUAUCAAGACAACGAGAUUAUGUUUACCGGUGCAUGGAGCCCUUUAAACCAAAAUAUUCACUUCAUAAUGAAAAUAGUAAAAGAUGUCUUAACAUAGCUUACUAUUUCACAGUAGACUCAAAGAAAAUUAGAGUAUGCAAACGAUUCUACUCAGCAACAUUAGAUAUUGGACACUCAUUUUUAACAACAGUCAGCAAAAAAGCUGAUUCCACUGGAGUUAUUUCGGGUGAUCUCCGAGGCAAGCAUGCUAUAAAUGGAAGAAGACUUCCGGAAGCUGUCAAAGAUGGAGUUCGCGAUCACAUAAAUUCCUAUCCCAAGAAAGAAUCCCAUUAUUGCCGGGCAUCGACUAGCAAAACUUAUCUUGAUGGUGACCUGAACUUAUGUAUGAUGUACAGGCAGUAUAAAGAUUGGUGUGUCCAUAAUGACAAGCUUUUGGCUACACAAGGUACAUAUGAAAAUAUUUUUCGUACCGAAUUUAAUAUUUCCUUUUAUAAACCAAAAAAAGACAUGUGUUCUUUGUGUUUAUCGUAUACGAACGCUAAUGGUGAAGAUAAAUUAAAUAUAGAAGAUGCCUAUUUGACGCAUUUAAGAGAGAAGGAGCUAUGCAGGCUUGACAAAGAAGCAGAUAUAGAAUCUUGCAAAAAUGAUAGCAGUAAAAUUAUAUGUUGCUAUGACAUGCAAGCUAUACUACAAACACCUUCAGGCAAUGAUUCACUAUUUUUUUAUAAGAGAAGGUUGAACGUUUAUAACUGUACCGUGUAUGAGAUUGUCAGCAAAACUGGUCAUUGCUACUUAUGGAAUGAGUCUUUGGGAGGGAAGGGUUGUGAUGAAGUUGGGACUUGCAUUCUUAGAUUUUUGAAGGACUAUUGUAUUGGGAAACACGUAAUUUUUUACACAGACAACUGCUCUGCUCAAAAUAAAAACAAAUAUUUAAUGAGUCUUUACCAUUACUCUAUUAAAGUUCUAGGAGUUUUAUCAAUCACACAUAAAUACCUAAUUGUCGGUCAUACGCAAAAUGAAGGCGAUAGCGUUCACUCUACGAUAGAGCAGGAAAAGAAGAGAAUACUUAAAAAUGGAUCUAUUUUUGUUCCUUCUCAGUGGAGCUCACUUAUUCAAUGUGCAAAAAAGAAAGGUAAUCCGUAUCAAGUAUACGAACUAGAUUACAAAGAUAUUGUUGAUUUAAAAGAGCUAGUAAGUCAGUUUGGAAAAAACUUUACCAUUAAUACAGAUGGUGACCGUGUAAUCUGGAACGAUAUAAAAAAGAUUUUCAUGCAGGCUUCAAGCCCUUAUUCUAUUUUCUAUUGUGACACAUACGGGACCAGUACAAUGAAAUGUAUUAAUGUACGUCAUAAAAUGAGAGGGACAGCUGUAAAUGUGGAACUACAAAUCAAGAAAAAGUAUUAUGCGCGUCCAAAAAUAUCAAAUCUGAAGAAAAAGGAUUUGCUUGCAUUGUGCAACUCUGUAAUUCCUAGGGUAUACUGGGACUUUUAUACAAAUUUAGAAGCCACAGACAAUUUUGUUGAAAAUGAAGAGAAUUAGAUUUUAAUUUUGAUAACAUACUAAACUACUAAGUGGCAUUAAUUUUGAAUUAAA